AAAAACGGUCUAUUUCCCCAUGAGAAGUAUGCAUAUCACGCCAGAUAGAGCCCGUUCUUUGACCUCGGUCUAUUUGUCCAUGAAACGGAAGUUAAAUACUUAUUUCCCCACGAAAUCGAAGUUCAAUAGCUUAAUCUCCCCGAAUAUGAAAGUUCGAGAUCUAUAACCCCAUCGUGCUGGGUUUAAUCGGUUUACUGUAUUCUUAACCGAUAAUUAAACCAUCUUAACCUAAUUAAAACCGAACUAAACCGGUUUUCAACACGAUUACAACCCGAUUUCAUUCAUUUAACCCCAAAUCCCCAUUCCCAAAUCGAAAACCCGAAACCCUAAAAUUCUCUCGACGAACCCUAGAAACCCAGAAAUUGAAAAUCAAAGCUCCUCGAUCUGCUGUUCAAAGUCUUGGAGAUGUCGAUAGUUCCUCAUGAUCCUGAUGUUGUCGGCGAUGUCGAUCCUGAAGCUAAAGACAAAGAUGAAUUUCACAUGGAAGAGAUGUUAAGGGAGUGGACCGACGAACCACCAAUCUGCCACGAUGUGUACCCGGAGAGUGAUACUGAAGACAACGACGACGAUCCUGCAAGAUUUCAUACACAUGUAAGGCGUGGUGAUGGCCAUUUGUACCCGAAGCAGAGUUUCUUCAGUGGAGUUGCAUUCAAAGAGGCGGUUGUUGAUUACGCUCUCAGAUCCGGAUGCAAUCUGAAGCAGUACAGGUAUGAUAAUGAUAAGAUUGGAUUCAAAUGUGUUGGAAAUGAUGGUAAGGAGGAUGGAGUUCGGUGUGAAUGGCAAGUUUAUGCGGCAAUUCUUCCGAAGGAUUUAAUGUGGAAGAUUAGGAAAUUCAUUGACAGACAUAGCUGUAUCCCAAAUGGAGAAUGCGAGAUGUUUAAGGUGCCACAUAUAGCUAGGUUGUUUGUUGACAAGAUUAGGGAUAAUCCCGAGUUCAACAUGCCUGCAAAGCUUGAAGAAAUCAUCAUGGAACAAUGGAAGAUCUCUGUCACUAGGAAUCAAUGUCAGUCAGCGAGGAAGAAAGCGUUGCAAUGGAUUGAGAAGGAGUUUGAUGAUCAAUUUGCAAGGCUAAGGGACUAUGCGGCUGAGAUCCUUGAGUCAAAUAAGGAUUCACACGUUGAGGUAGAUUGUCUGACGACUGAUGAAGGUAAAGACAUCUUUAAUAGGUUCUAUGUUUGUUUUGACAGCCUGAGAAGGACAUGGAAGGAUUCUUGUAGGCCUCUAAUA